AGAAUCCAAAUAGAAAGCGUCAGAGGCAACCAGAAUAAUUUCAUUUUAUUUUUAAUUUCGUUUUUUUCAUCGAUAAGACCUAUGUUUGAUUGUUUGUAAUGUCAUCAAAAAGAGGAGACAUUAAGAAGACAGGAAACACUGCAUUAACAGCAGUAGCUCUUCAAGACCACCUGGUUAAGUCUCUGGGACUUAAUGAUUUCAUUGGUCCAAGACAUAUUGGAGUUGGUCCUGCAGCAAGAGCAAAACAGAAAAAGUCUGUGCGGUCAACCAUAGAUACUGGACGAUUUGGCAGAAAUAAACCUCAAGUAAAGAAGAAAGAAGAAAAAGAGAGAGAAUAUGUUUUAGACCCAAAGCCUCCUCCACUCACACUUGCUCAGAAGUUUGGUUUGGUAGAUGCCCCUGAACAACUUCUCACUGAGACAGACUGGAAGAAAGCUAAAGAAAAAUCUAACAAAAGAGAUGAUUCUAAAAUGCCAUGUGUUAUAUGUAAGGAGGACUUUGGCACACAAGAACAGGUGCUUCUGUCCUGUACUCAUGUCUUUCACAGGGCAUGUUUGCAAGCUUUUGAGAGGUUUACUGGAAAGAAGACAUGUCCAAUGUGCCGUAGAGAACAGUAUCAAACAAGAGUUAUACAUGAAGGAUCAAGAUAUCACAGACAUAAAUGUGCUACAAUGAUUCAAGCUUGCUGGAGGGGUUAUGUAGUACGAUGUAUGUACGUUAAACUGAGGGAAUCUAAUCCGCCAAAAGAUCCCAAAUUGAGGCAGAAAUUCUAUGAAGAAAAGCUACACAAGAUCACAGACAGAAUGGUAAGGUCAUGUGACUUUGAUGUACACAGCUUCCUGAGGGAAAUGGAUCAGAGUUUAGAAGCUAGCCGCAAUGUUUUCAGAGAUUUUGAUGCUAGAUUCCAGCAGAUUUCUGAGGAGGACUGGGAAGCUAUACAGCUUAAGGCGGUAGAGCGUGGAGAUAUUGAUUGCCCUAUAUGUUUGACUUCACUCAUCAAGAAAAGUUAUAUUGAACAACCAGACCAUUCCACAACUAACCAGACUAAGUCUACAAAAAAUGACACUAAAAUUUUAAUAAACCAAAGUCUUCUACAGGGAAAUCUCUAAAAACUGGUGAAAUAAAUAAAGAGAGACAAACAAAAGUGGACCAGUCAAAAUCUAGUGAGAAAGUUCAAAGGUCAUGUCGACAAACUGUGUUGCUGUCUUGUUCUCAUGUAUUUCAUGCCACUUGUUUAAAAAUGUUUGAAGAAUUAAGUAUGGAAACAAAUAA